AUGAUCGCUUCUUGUCAAGAGGAUGUUUGUCUCGCACGGGAAUAUGAACUGUCCCUCAAAACUGCCCAGCUCGAGAUCGCAUACGAGAGAAGCCUUGCUCAACUGGACUCUCUUAUAGCCUAUGAGGAGACCCGUAUUUCUCGCGUGGAUUAUAUCAUUUUCGAGGCCGAUCAUGAGUUGUUACGGAUGAAAUGCGAACAGUCAGAAUAUGAUAUCGAUCAGCUACUUCAAGUCGAAACAGCACUGAAGCAGCAAUUGCUACGCGCACAAGAGGAUUUGGCGAAUCUGCAACUGUCCACACUCGCCGAUACUCGUGCGAUACAGGAUUUGAAGAGCGAUCUCACCUCAAUGAAACGCAAGGUCUCCGAUUACGAGAAAAUGUCUGCCGAUAAACUGAACCUUACGAAAGAAAUUGCGCAAAUGAAACAGGAAUUCGAGCGCCUCCAACACCAGAACAAGUCUCAUCAAAAUCUAAUCGCCGAGAAGUCUGCUUUGGAAAGACAGCUCAAUUCCCUGGAGAUUCAAUUAAAGGAAGAAAGACGCGCGUUCGAGCGAAAUAGAAGCAUAGAAGACAAGAAGCAAAAUUCGGAAGCACAGCAACAACUAAAAAGAUUGCAAGCUGAACUGCAGAAGGAAACUGACGAAAGAAGCCGCCUGGAACAGGAGAUUAACGAGCGGACAACUGCAUGGGAGCAACAAAAGAAAUCAUUGGAAGAACGCCUUGAGAAGCUUAGGAAGCAGUUGCGAUCAACAAAGGAAAAGCUGAAGGAAUAUCAAGAACAGCAGAAUGAUUCUCUGUUACCCCUCGAGCCUCAGCAAAUUGACCGGCCUCGUCAAAGUGUCGCUAGUGACAGGAGCGCUUCACUCGGUCAUUCUGGUGGUGCAUUCAAUCCACCUAUGACAAUUGCAACACCGGGGGCGGUCAAGAUCGCUACAAAAACCCAAAGACCCUCUGCAGCGCUAGGAAAAAAAUCAGGUUUUUCCAUCACACCAUAUCUUAAGCGGAACCGAGAUGCCGAAGACUUCUCAAGUAGCUCGGAUGAUGACUUAACACCACAAGCGGAACUGCGCAAAGCCAAAAAGCGGCCCAAAGCGUCUCCGAAAGGCAAGAAGACGGCACGUUUUGAAGAGAGCCAGCCCUACAGUCAUGAUAACGAGGAUGACAAUGAUGGUGAUGGUGAGGCCCAGAGGCGUACCAAAGCAAACAGUCGUGAUAAAUCAAUUGCAGAAGAUUCCAUUCUCUCGCGACGAAACGAUCAGGUGCCGUCAAUGCUUGUGGGUGCAUCAAAUAUAGGACCCUCUCUAGAAAGCAGGCAAGUCCAUAGGAAACGGAAGGUCCUUGGCGGGCAGCGCGAUAUGACUUUGUUCGACGAUGAGGACGAGCAAUCCGAGAGACCGAAGCGGGUGGAGAGGCCAAUUCCCAGUUUGAAGCCCAGCGCUAAACACCCACAAGCUCUAGGAGUUACUCGCCUGGCGUUCGGGGAGGCAUCAACGUUCUCUCCGCUGAAGCGUGACAAGAGGCGUGUUUUUUCACCUCUCCGUGGUAGGUCCAAUCCGCUUUUUCUAUCGUUAAAUUUUAAACGAUUCUCCUCGUCCAAACGAUGGCAAUCACGACAACGCAGCGAUAUAUUCACGAGAGAAGCUGUGGUCAGAGGUCUCAAGAGUAGAGCAGCUUUCAAAUUAUUACAGAUCGAUGAACAAUAUCGGAUAUUCCGGAGGGGGCAAACGGUUGUUGAUCUCGGAUAUGCACCGGGCUCAUGGUCCCAGGUUGCAGUUACUCGGACGAAACCUAAUGGUCGAGUCCUAGGCGUCGAUAUCAUACCUGCCCAGCCUCCGAAAGGCGUAUCGACUAUCCAAGGCAAUUUCCUUUCCCCAGACAUCCAAGAAUAUGUUCUGGAAUUCGUACGAGAUCCCAAUCGCGGCCGACCACGAUUACCCACUCUGUCACCAGAAGAACCCGGCCGUAUUGCAGCAGACGAUGAUAGUACAGUUUUAGAAGCUUUAAGUGAGAGCGCGGUUACAGCUAGUGAAAAGGGCAAAGAAGAAAAUGGAUUACAAAAAGAACGAACUGUCGAUGUUGUUCUAAGCGACAUGUCUGCACCCUGGGCUCAAGUUAAAGGAUUCUCAAAUAGGAGCCUUAGUAACCCGUAUCGCAGGAUGAUGAACACCAGUGGAAUAAGUUUUCGGGAUCACGCCGGAAGUAUGGAUCUGUGCCGAGCAGCGUUGCAGUUUAGCUUCAAUGUCCUGAAGCCUGGUGGUCAUUUCGUAUGCAAAUUCUACCAAGGACCGGAAGACAAAGUCUUCGAAAAACAACUCAAGGCGUUGUUCGAGAAGGUACAUAGAUUGAAGCCGGAAUCGUCCCGUAGUGAGUCACGGGAAGCCUUUUUUGUUGCUAUGACUAGAAAGCCACAUGCCUCAAGAUCAGAUGUCCUCGAUAUUGAAUGA